UUCCCCAAUUUCUUACUUUUUCUCAAUUUUCCCAUUUUCCCCCUUUUUCACCCCAAAACUCCCAGGGGUCUCAGGCUCCUCCUGGGCUGCUCCGGGACUCCCAAAUCCCCCCUAAAUCCCCCCCAAAUCCCCCUAAAAUGACCCAAAUUUCCCCUUUUUUCCCCCUUUUUCCCCAUUUUUUCAAUUUUCCCAUUUUCCCCCUUUUUCCCCCCAAACCCCCCAGCCAUCUCCGCCGCCUCCUGGGCCGCCUGGAUGCCGCCGGCAGUGGCCGGCCUGGCCGGCUCGUGCGUGGCCAUCCCUUGCCGCUUUGGCUACCCCGAGGAGCUGCGGCGGGCUCGGUGCAGGGGCUCUGGUACUUUGGUAGCCCCUACCCCAAGAAUUACCCGCCCGUGGUCGCCCGCUCGCGCCCGGGCGCGGUCCACGAGAGCUUCGCUGGCCGCGCGCGGCUCGUGGGCGACCCGGGGCUCCGGGACUGCUCGCUGGAGCUGGGGCCACCGCUGAGCGCCGAGCUGGCCGGCCGCUACUACUUCAGGGGCGACCUGGGUGGCUACAACCAGUACAGCUUCUCGGAGCACACCACGCUGGAGGUGCUGGAGGAGCCGCUGCUGGAGGUGCCCCCGGAGCUGGUGGCCGGCGCGGUGGCCGAGCUGCGGUGCCGCGUGCCCGACUCGUUUUGGGGACAAAAAAGGGGAUUUAGGGAUCCAGGACCCCAUUUUGGGGAUAAAGAAGGGGAUUUAGGGAUCCAGGACCCCAUUUUGGGGAUAAAGAAGGGGAUUUAGGGAUCCAGGACCCCAUUUUGGGGAUAAAGAAGGGGAUUUAGGGAUCCAGGACCCCAUUUUGGGGAUAAAGAAGGGGUUUUUGGAUAUCCAGACCCCAUUUUUGGGGGUAAACAAGGCCUUUUUGGGUACCCAGACC